UGGAGUCCUGCAUGUGGCGUGCCGUCAACUUUGCAAAGUAAGUGUGUGUCUGGAGGAAAUGUGCUGAGCUGUGUGCGGUGUGGUGGAACCUUCAUGCCUUUAUGGAACACAGACUGUGAUGCAGGCUGAGACUGCCUGAAGGUGGAAGAGGAAUGUGACCACCUCUGAGAAGAGCAGCUCUUAAGGCAGCCAUGCCGGUGCUGGAGGUGGUCUGCAGCCUGAUUGGCUGGCUGGGCCUCUACCUGUUGUUUUGCUGGACCUUCUCUCAGCGGGGGCCGGAGUGGAACUGCCGCCUGGUCACGCUGUCCCACGGCGUCCUCAUCGUCCUGCUGACCGCUUACGUGGUCUUCGUGGACGGACCCUGGCCCUUCACACAUGCAGGCACGGAGAACACGGCGCUGCAGACGCAGGCCCUGGCCGUGUGCCUGGGCUACUUCCUCUUCGACCUGGGCUGGUGUGUGUGCUACGGCACGGAGGGCGCCGUGAUGCUGGCGCACCACGCGGCCAGCGUGGCGGGCAUCCUGCUGGCGCUGCUGACCGGGGUGUCGGGCUGCGAGACCUGCGGGGUCAUCUUCGGCAGCGAGCUGACCAACCCGCUGCUGCAGAGCCGCUGGUUCCUGCGGCGGCUGGGCCGCUACCACGGGCCGCUGGGCGACGCCGUGGACCUGCUCUUCAUCCUGCUGUUCGCCACCGUGCGCGUGGGGGUGGGCACCGUCAUGUUCUACUGCGAGCUCACCUCCCCCAGAACCUCCCUGGUCAUGAAGCUGGGCGGCCUGGUCAUGUACGUCCUAGCCUGGGUCUUCAUGGUGGACAUAGCCAGGUUCGGCUAUAAGAAAAGCAGAGCCAGAUACAAAAGCUGGGCCGAGAAGCACAAGCUCAAAGAAAAAAACAGCUCAGGACAACUGCCUGGACAUUCAGACAAGAGGGAGUGAACAAAGGUCACUGUCCAUCCUUUUUCUUUGUAAAAGCUGCUGAAGCUUUAAAGAUGCUAUUUAAUAUGAAGUGACAAAUGCUGGCAUUAUCUUUUUUUAAAUGUAUCUGUAUGAACUGAGGCACGUGGAAUGGUUGCUCCAGAGUAAUAUAUAUUAACCUUUGUAGCUUCACCUUGUAUGCACUGAAGAUCCUCUUUGCUGAUUUACAGCACAAAACAGAAGCUGGACGCUUUCUGGUCCCACCAAUAAGAAAAAUAAUAAGCUACUAGGUACAGCAAUGGUUCAGUGGAGCAUGUUUCUAACAGAGAGGGCCACAGGUCGUAGGUUUCUAACACGCUGGAUCAUGUUGCUCUGACUCUACAGUAUUAUUAGUUUUAUGUCGGCUGUUAAACUGACUAGUUUAUUUAAAGCGUGCAAAUCGUUUUAGAUAUUUAUUGAGAGCCUUAAGAUCUAUCAAAACUUUUAUGAAAUAACGUCA